ACGCGCACAUACCACACUUCACCAAUUUGCCAUUACGUUAACAGUAGAGUUAAAAACAAACUCCCUGACACUAGUAAAAAUGUGACCUGGCCUGGUCUUGGUGAAAUGGCAGUGGAUCUACCAGAUGAGUCAGUCUGCUGUCGGACAACAACAAUCUGAGGGAGACAAGGGGAGGAAAAAAAGCAUCGAGUCGACUGGGAGGAGUUACGCGCUACAGCUGGAUCUCUCCACGUCGCUCGGAUCAUAAUAAACAGGCUGCAGAUGAAAAAAGUAGAGCCGGUGAUGAGAGAAAAGCGGGAACCAUCUCUAUUUCACCCCGUGUGAGAGCUCCAGACUGGGCCCCGUUUACAAUGAGAGCAUUUGCGGUUGUGCUGGUGGAGGAGCCUGGAUUUGCAGCAACUUUUUUCCCGGGUUUGGAGGAGCUGAAAUGAGACGGAGACCUUGAGGAUUUUCAUUUCACAAGCAACAGUGGCCUGGAGAGCUACAGGUGGUCAACAUGUCCUUGUGGAUGAUCCUUCCCGCCAGUUUACCUGUCUUCACCAUCACUGGAAUAUGGGUUGUAUACGCAAUGGCCCUGUACAACCAGCAUGUCUGCCCUGUGAAUAACUGGCUUUAUAACGAGUCAUGUGAGGAGCAGCUUCCGUUUCAGACGGGUCCUGUGUUGUGCUGCACCCUGGAUAACGUACCACUCAUUAGUAAGUGUGGGACCCUGCCACCUGAAAGUUGCUUCUUCAGUCUCAUAUGCAGCACUGGCUCCUUUAUGGUGAUGCUGAUUGGCCUGCUGCGCUAUGCCCACGUAAUAGAGAAGCACCAGAACUGUGUUCUCAACACGGCAGGUCUCUCCACAGGCUGGAUCUGUGCUGCAGGACUCAUCAUGGUGGGAAACUUCCAGGUGGAUUAUGCCAAAGUCCUUCACUACAUUGGAGCCGGGGUGGCUUUCCCCACCAGUAUGCUGUUUGUGUGUCUGCAGUCGGCUCUGACCUACAGACUGGCCAAGACCCAGGAGGAAUACCAAAUGGGACAUUUACGUCUGGGAAUGUCCCUUCUAGCACUCAUUGCCCUGGUGCUCAGUGGGGUUUUCUUUUGCCAGGAGAGCUUUGCCUUGCAGCACGCCUCCGCCAUUUUUGAGUGGAUCUUCUGCAUGCUCAUCAUGCUGUUCUACGGGACGUUUGUGUUCGAGUUCGGAGGAAUGUCGGGGGACACGCUGAUGGUCCUCUCCCGGGGAGGGGGGAUCCACAGCUUCUCCACCACUGACCAGAAGACAGAGGUGGCAGGAAGGCCCAGCCACCACCAACCAGAGAAUUUUUCCAUGCUGUAACCUAAAUGCAGCAUGCCACAUGCCAACUAUUCACAUGGAGCCUAAAGGGCGAUUGAUGGAACAAGGACCAACCUGACUUUAAAAUGGACUCCACGGAGCCUGGAGCCUGCAUCCUGCGUAUCGGCGUGCUCAUUAUUGCACAUAGCCAUGCUGCCAAAGCUGUUCGACCCAGCAACAACCAAAGACUGACACUAUAAAUAUUACGUGCUGCUUCAUAAAAAUGCAAGCCAGAGUGGAUACACACUGCAAAAACACUGCGGAACAUUGCACAGUUGCAUCUCACAAGUGCCUUUUGGAACACAAUCAAACGCCAGUACGUGAUUGCAAAAACACACACACACACAUGCACAAUCUUUGAUCUCUGCUUUAAUUGUCAUUUGACAACAAUCGCUCUCUGAAUUGUUGACAGCAGUUGCCUUUUAUCAGAUGCGGUGUCCUGACAGUGCCUUAGAUGUCUUUCCAUGCGUAGCAGAAUGUCACAGGGUCAGUGGUGGUGUUUGUUUUCAUGUUUGGAAGUUCAGACACCAAACUCACGUAUUGUUUCUUCUCAGGAAGUUCUGUUACAUCAUCAGCUUUCACUCAUUGCCUCAAAAGUAAUGGAAAGUCAUUCAAAAGCUCUUACAAUAGAGGGAUUGUUAUUGUUUUUGUUACUGUUAUUGCCAAGAUUUAUUUGUUUCAUAUGAAGAGUAGAAACUGCAGUACCAUGUAAAAAGAUUUAUGCUGUUACCCAAAUGGUGGGACACAGUUGAGUAUGUGCUGAAAAGUUGUCUAGUGAUGAACAACUUCAGAUCCGUUGGAGGGUGUUUUUGAUGUCAUCAUACUCUAGUCAACUUCUUGGGCAACAGCGUAUGGCAGUAUUGCUCCAGUAAAUGUCUCAUAUUGCUAUAUAAGUUGUAUAUUUUGCGUUUGGAGUCACUAAAAAAGAUAUUUGUAUCAUUGCUCUCAGUGAAAGUGACACCCUCCAGCUUUAAUGGGACCAAACUAGAGGAGAGAAUCACGCUGUAUUUGAUCAUAUACAUUAAUAUCUUUACAAGAAAUAAAGUUCAUUAAUGUAUGUAGAAACUAAAAACAAACUAAAAAAAAAAAGAAAAUGGAAAAAAGGAAAAUUUCUUCAUUUUCAUGUUUGCCAUGAUCCAGAGUGAAUAUAUAUAUAAACAGCUUUGUAAGAAAACUGUAAUGAUGCCUUCU